GCUCACUGCCGGAAGAGAAGAGCAUGUUUCCCCGACCUCCUUCUGAGUACCCGUCGCGUUUUUUAAGCGAGGAAGGAGAAAAUUGCACCAGAGGACAGUUUUUCCGAAUUCAUUGUGGUUAAGAGACUUCUGUGUUCAAUCCGAGUCGACUCGUACUGAAAAGAGAUUCAGGGAAGUCGUAGGUCCAAUCCGAACCGACUAACAUCAUCACCAAGCGACUUCUGUGGUUCUUCGAGAGGGGUGCGGACCCGGAGGCACCCUUGAAGGGAUGAAAGGCUUUACAGAGACAGAAAAUAGAUGACUAGUAACUAGUAAUGAGUUUGAUGUCGAAACUGGUUUUGUUAGAAGCUUUAUGAAAUGAACAAACACUAGGAAGAUUUUCCAGAUUAUGUAAUUUUCUUUUCCUUUGUUUUAUUUUCCACUGAUUGAGUUACUUAUUAAAACUUUAAUGAUUGUUCAUCUUCCGUCUCUCAGCGAGAAAGCGAUGACCUAAGGUUUUUUCAACGAGCCGAGCACGACUGCCUGUACGCGUAAGUGGCGAAGUUCAGAAGAUUUCAAGCGAUUUCUUCGAAAGCAGAAUUCACCUGCUAGGCUGUCCGGCCUAAGUUGGAGGAAACUGAGGUCUGGAGACGGAGUCUUCUGGGACCAGAAGGCGAACGAGUUCCUCCUGCACAGCAGAAGUAUCCACUGAAUAGCGCUCGAUUAGCGCAUUAUAAGACAGCAGUAGUACUACACAGUUGCUUCUCCGACCACUCGAGCUAAAAGAUCUCGCAAUCGCUGCUUCACAUCUUCCCAUAAGGAGGAAACAACAAUUUGCGCCAUACUGCUGCAGUUGAGUGCGCAUCACCACGGUUCUGCAGGAGCUGCGUCAAAGAACACGUUUAUCAGAAAGGAACGACAACUUUGCUACUAUCACUAGACGACGACGACUCAUCACAGAAUGACGAUCUCAGUCUACGGAUCUAGUGGGUUCUCUUCGGAGCGACCGGCAACUGCGCCUGGCGGAAAUGCCAAAGUACUCAUGCAUGGCAUGGGAAGUCAUAUCAGUGCGAGCUCUAAUAUUAAGGCUAUCAAUGACUGUUUCCAGAAUCAUAACAGGGUUAUCGACUGGAGAAGACAAGACGUGCUAUUUUCUAGAGUUUGGUCUUUGCCUUCUACCUCUAGACUCCAGUCUAAGUUGCCCUCCACCGCAGUGUAGUAUGCGUAACACCCAAGAGCAGCAGCACCCACCCUGACUGUGCUCUUCCGCCUCUUCACUUCUAAUCCCUCUGCCACGAGAAAAUGUGCACCUGACGUUGACUUUCAGACGAUAGUGGCUCUGUCAAAACAGUUUACGGAAGAGCUGGAGCUGAAAAACGCGGAAAAAACAGCCUUAGUCAAGAUCAUACAAGAUGCGAAGAAAGCUGUGCAGAAGUAUUAGCAGCUUUAACGCCGUUUGUUCUUCUUCUACAAGUACCUGUUCAAGCACAGCAGGGUUAGUACAGUCUUAUACUUCAUUUGAUUUUUAGGUGGAAGAGUUGUACCUAUCGGAUGAUCCUCAGUCAUUUCAUGCGGGAUUUCACAGAGUCUAUGAGGACUGGUUUUUAAUUCCCAACGUAAGCGGCUUUCUACGCUUCCGGUUUUUUAUUCCCACUACUCUUCCAGUUUGCAUAAACUCAAACUUAUUUCCCACUCUACCCCUUCCGCAGGAGCGAAGCCGUAGUCGAAAAAAAGAAGGCACAGCUGGACAAAGCAAGUAAAGACAAGCAGGAUGUCGACAGAAAAGUUUCAAAUUUAGAGGAAGGGAACACAAAACUUCGACAUGAACUCGCAGGCCUCCUCAGAGAAAAUGAGAAACUAGGUACUUUCACCACUGUCGUUCCAAAUAUCGCUACGCUUUUAUACACUUUUCAAUGAUACUCGAUUCCUCUAUCCUUCUCCAUUCUCUCUAUCCUUCUCCAUUCUCUCUAUCCUUGCCCAUCCUCUCUAUUCUGUGAUCCUCUCCCAUAUUGUCAUCUUCCCUCUAGAAGUCGAUUCCAAAAUCUCCAUCCUUUUAACCCCUCCCAAGAAACAUCCAGCCUUAGAAGUCGAGACAAUGAGCGAGCAGAUGAAGGAACUACUGCUGGUUUUUGGCGAGCACAAGGAACAAUUGGAGGCGAUAACGACAAUGACGAAUACGUAUCGGAGAGAGAUUGGGGUUGAAAAAAAACAUAGGGAUGAGGUACAUACGUUGAAAGCUUAAAAUCAUAAUGUGAGAGCUUGUUGAUUUACAUACUUACGUUAAAAGCUUAUGGUGCAUGUGAGAGCCCGUUGAUUAAUAGAAUCGAUUGAAUUAUCAUAAUGGGAUCGACCGUUCUUUUCUUCAUCACGAAUUAUGAUUAUAAGUAUAUCUUCUUCAAGGACGACCAUACUGUAAAUGAUCAAGGACAACAUGAUCCGGGGAGCUCCUUUACAAUGUCAUUUGAUCUAAGAAGAUCACCCCCAACCUAGGUUCUUGCAGCCCUUCGAACACAUAAGACAGCGAGGAAUAUAUUGAAAAACCGAGUCGCUGACGCUGCGAGACGGCAACAGUUGCUAAAAACACAUGUGGCCGAUCUCUUCGUAGCAAGUGCGGGUUAAGAAUUAGUGGCUUCUUUCCCUCCCGAAAAUGUGUUAUGUUGUUGACCGGUGAGUUGUUCCGUUAUGAAUUAUUCUCCGAACAACAAAGCUUUCAAUUAAUAGAAGAUGCACAGCAUGAUGAAUACUUCUGUAUCAUGAAAGAUCCGCUUACAACCACGAACAAGGACACUGCUACCUUGUGUACGCACCUACUGCGCGCCGUUUGUUCGAAGGGUCAACGUCAAUGGGAUUGUUUUUGUCGGAUAUGAAAAUCGAAGAAAAUGGACAUCAAAAUGGAAAAAUAGAAGACCCCUUCAAGAACUCCAAGAAUGCAUUGUCACUUCCGAUUGCG